AUGGAAGACGCUUCUGGAUCCGGCUGGUGCGUGAACUGUGGGAACAGAUCGGACUGGGAGGAAUGGGACGACUGGGAAGACCUGUCUCUCUUCGACGACACCGUGCUCGUGGUGGUCACGACGCUGUGUGUCCCGCUGCUGCUGCUCGGCCUUCUGGGAAACGCCCUGACGAUCCUGGUGGUGUGGCGACGCCCACAGAUGCGGAGCACCACGUACCUGUACCUGAGCAGCAUGGCCCUGUCGGACGUCCUGAUCCUGCUCCUGAUGCCGCUCGACCUCUAUAAGUUGUGGCGGUUUCGUCCGUGGCUCCUGGGCGACGCCGUGUGCAAACUCUCGGUGUUUGUGGGCGAGUGUUGCACCUUCUCCUCCAUCCUCCACAUGACGGCUCUGGGGGCGGAGCGAUACCUAGCCGUGUGUUUCCCUCUCCGCGCGCGCAUGCUGGUCACCCGGGGGCGUGUGCGCGUGCUGAUCGCGGGGCUGUGGGCCGUGGCGUCGCUCAGUGCCGGGCCCGCGCUGGCUCUGGUCGGGGUGGAGCGGUUCGAGGGGGGAGCCAGUGAGUGUCGAUGCACACAGUUCGCUCAGACCUCAGGGCUCCUCAAAGCCAUGCUGUGGCUCUCCAACCUCUACUUCAUUUGCCCGCUCGCGGUCCUGUCUCUCCUGUACGGCCUGAUCGCCCGCCGCCUGCACCUGCGCGCACACCUGCACCGGGACAAAACACACCGCCAGACCCUGCGGAUGAUGGUGGUGAUCGUGCUGGUGUUCAUCUCCUGUUGGCUGCCGUUCCACGUGAGUCGCACGCUGUUUUCGGUGUCGGACUCCAGCGUUAGCUUGUAUUACAUCAGUCAGUACUUUAAUCUGGUGUCUUUAGUGCUGUUUUAUGUCAGUGCUGCUGUGAAUCCUCUGCUGUAUAACCUCAUGUCCGCUCGCUACCGUGCUAAUGUCCUCGCCAUGCUGCGGCUGACGGAGGGCCCCACGGACGAGCUGCGCCACAGGGCCCGCACCUCCCCGCUCACCGCCUCUCACUCCAGCACACACUUCUGACCGCGGUGUGUGAGGCUUCAAACGAACUCUACACGAGGGUCAUUACCAGCACAGGAACACAAGAGCGCAC